AUGGAGGCAUCGGAAGACUGGCGUUUGCUGCAGAUCCUUUGCUUGCUUUUGUCUACUGUUGUGCCUAUUUUAGGGCAGCAGGAUACGAUUUUGUGGCUCCCUACUGUGGAAGAGGGUUUCUCGGUCAGAAGUUGUUACGGUUAUCUCGUUGAAGAUGCAUCCCAGUCGGUUUUUGAGAGGGAUUGCGAGAAGGCUAUUGGUUUGAUAUUGAAAUCCCCGGUUCCAUUUAGAAUAAAACCUUUUUUAUGGAGAUGCCUUAUUAACAAGUUACCGAUGAAAAAAUUGCUUUUUAUCAGAGGUCUCUUCACUUCUCAAUAUGAGCUUCUCUGUGUUAAUUGUAAUAAUUGCGAGGAAUCUCUUGAACAUGUUAUGUUAUUUUGUUUCUUUGCAAAGGAGAUUUGGAGGGCAAUUUCCGGCUGGAUAGGGGUGGUUUUGGAUGUUGGGGAUAAUCUUUGGAAUAGUUAUCUUAAUGCUUCGGCUUGUUUCAAAUCUCUGAAAGUUAAGAAGGGGUUCGAAGGGGUCGUUUGGGCCACGGUUUGCUGGAGCAUUUGGGUAAACACAAAUGCGGUGAUCUUUAGGAAUGAGCGGUGGAACAUUUUUGACUCUAUUUGGAAUAUUAAGUUGUUAAUUUGGAAGUGGUCCUUUUUUGGGGAAAUUGCUUAUGCCAAAUGUAAUUUUUAUGAGUUUUGUAAGGAUCUCAUACAUUUCUUAAGCUAA